GUUUUCUGGACGUACCCAAUGAAUAUUAUACGUUUUUUUAAAGUAAGUCAAACUUCACAUUUGCCCCCAACGAAAUAGUUUGCUACGGUUAUUUCACUCAGUCGAACGUCAGACUCGCCAUCCUUUCGACAUCUAGAUUAAAACAGCAACAAAAAAAAAAAACAUCAACAUGGCCAUGGACGAUGAGAAAAAACGCAUUGAAGAUGAAAGAAAAAGAAAGCAAGCGGAUACUGACAGAAAACGUGCGGAAGUUCGUGCACGUCUUGAGGAGGCCUCAAAGGCUAAAAAAGCCAAGAAGGGUUUCAUGACCCCCGAGAGAAAGAAGAAGCUCAGACUAUUGUUGCGUAAAAAAGCUGCUGAAGAAUUGAAAAAAGAGCAAGAAAGAAAAGCUGCUGAAAGAAGACGCAUCAUCGAACAACGUUGUGGCAAAGCAAGAAUGAUCGAUGAUGCCAAUGAAGAAACAUUGAAACGUGUUCUUCGUGAAUACCACACAAGAAUUUGUGAUCUUGAAGAUAAAAAAUUCGAUAUUGAAUAUAUUGUCAAGAAAAAGGAUUACGAGAUCUCAGAUUUGAAUGGACAAGUAAACGAUCUUCGUGGAAAAUUCAUGAAACCAACUUUGAAAAAAGUCUCCAAGUACGAGAGUAAAUUUGCCAAGCUUCAGAAAAAAGCUGCUGAAUUUAACUUCCGUAACCAGCUUAAACAAGUUAAAAAGAAGGAAUUCACCUUGGAAGAAGAAGACAAGGAGGAAAAACCAGAAUGGGUGGAAAAAAGAAUAAAAGAUGACGAAAUUGAAGCCUAAAAAUUUCACUUGAAAUUUUUAUUUUUAUGAAAAAUUUAAUUAAUCAUCACCAACGUGUCAUUCCAUCCAAUGAACGGAGGAAAAAUAAUUAUCAAUUAUUGUUAAUUGAAUAAACAAUAAAUACUGUUAUAAAAAAAAAUAAUAUUAAUGUCAAAAUAUAUAAAAAUAAAAUGAGAAAAUAAUAAAUAUUUGAAAGAAU